UCUCUACGACUGCGAUUCUACAAGGAAUAGAAAGAGAAAAAUGAAACUUGUGGUAGAAAUGGUGGUUUUAAACAAGAUGCAGAGAUCGUGUGAUCACUGUCUUUCCUGUGUGGAGGAAGAAUUGACUAUCAGUUGUCUCGUUUUUGGUGCGGGACAAGAAGUUGGGAAGAGCUGUGUGGUGUUGUCCAUUAAUGGCAGGAGGAUCAUGUUUGACUGUGGCAUGCAUAUGGGUCAUCUUGAUCACAGUCGUUAUCCUGAUUUUUCUCUCAUCUCCAAGUCUGACAAUUUUGAUAGUGCUUUGACCUGUAUUAUCAUCACCCAUUUGUACUAACCAUCUAUUUUCUCCUUCAAAUUUUAUGUUGAAUUGUUGACAUGAAGACU